AUGAUUGAUCCACCGGGAAUUUUUAUAUUUAAUAAUGAAAAUUAUUGUGUUCUUUUUCCAUUUAUUCAUGGUAUCAAAUGUUUAGAUACACCUGAAACACCAGUUCGUCAAUUAUGGCAAACAUCAGAAAUUGCCCGAUUUCUUGGUCGAAUGCAUUCAAAUAUUGAAACGGAAAAAUUCAAAGUUAUUUCAUCAAUAAUAUGUCUAAUAACGGAUCAGUAUACGAAAUCAAUCCCUUUAAUUAGUGAUGAAGAUGAGCAAGAUAUUUUCGAAAAAAAUCUGGUAAAAAACUUGCCAAUCGGUUAUAUUCAUGCUGAUAUUCAUGAUGAUAAUGUUCUUCUUUCUCCUACUGAAAAGAAAAUUGCUGCUGUACUCGAUUUUGAUGAUAUGUAUGUUGACCCAUUAUUGAUUGAUUUAGCUUUAGCAUUAUGUUUAUGGUGUGGUAUUGCAGAGGUGGGCAACUCAGAAAUUUUUGACCACAAGUCAACUCAAGUCAUUGGGUAUUGA